GCUCGUAUGUGUGGAGAUGUGAGAUGUAAAGUCGGAAGACGCUGUGCCACAAGAUACGAUGGAGAGAAGACAUGUGUCUGUCGGGAAACUUGUAAAUCAAACCAACAUCUAAUAUGUGGAAGCGAUGGAAAAACAUACACCAACUAUUGUCACCUACAUCGCUCAUCUUGCCUUGAAGACAAACAUGUGACUGUGUUACAUCAAGGACCCUGUCUUAUAGAAAGAAAAUCAGCAGGAGUUACCAGACCACUGGUUUGUUAUCAGAUACAGCGAGAUGAACUUCGACAACUACUUGUUGAUUGGUUAAAGACAGAGGUCACUAAAGUAUGUGGUCUUACUCUUUCAGAUAAAUCCUAUUCUGAUAUUGUCCAUGAAACAUUCAGUAAAUGUGAUGUUGAUAAGGAUGGUAGCUUAGAUGGUGAUGAACUAUUGAAAUGUACUGAAAAGAAGCCAGCUCACACUAAUUUAACCCUGUGCCAGUCUCAACAGGGCAUGUCUAAAUAUUUCAGAGGUUUAUGUAUGGAUGCUUUAAUUAAUAUGGGAGAUGGGGAUGAUAAUUGGGUUCUAAAUGAAGAAGAAUUCAUCAAAAUACUUAGUCUACAUUUCACACCACCCACAAGAGAAUGCCAAUUAGAAGACAAGAACUAUAAAGAUGGAGCUGAAACCAAAUUAGACUGUAAUUUGUGUGUGUGUGCAUGUGGAAACUGGGUAUGUACAGGAGCUCCAUGUUACAGAGGAAAAGAAAUGGGUGUUCCAGGUAAUCCACAUUUCCCAGUAAUUCAGUCUACCAAUGAAAAGUGUUCCAUGUUUUUCAUAGCAUACUUCAUACAAAUAUAA